AUGACUAUACAAAGCGAGAAUAUAAAAAGCCUAGAACGUGCAGGAGAAAACCGGGAACAUGGGAAGCGGCAGCAAGCUGGCCCUGUCCAUGUAAUUCAUCGUGGCCUGUCCAUGCUCACUGGGCAGCUGCAACAGAGACUGGGACUUCAAAUUAGGCUGAAAAAGACAGGGAGUCUGAGGUCUGCCCAAGGUUCACUGGGCCUGCAGGUGCCCCUUGCUCCCUGGUCCCGACUGAGUUUCCUGACGUCCAUGCCCUAUGCUCAGUACCCAUCCCCUGAAACGCAGCUUGCACAUUCAGAGAAAAGCCCGAGCACUGACCCAGACCUGCCUUGGGCGAAGCGUCAGGUGGAACCUCAAGUCCAGCGCGGCUCCCGGUCCCAAGUUGUCGCGCCCCGACGGCCGCUCACGCUCCAGAGAGCCCGGGCACAUUGGCGCGGGCAGGCACCUCGGGGAGCCCCGCGAAAGCCCGGUGGCCGCCCCGGCUCGGCAGUCGCCCCGAGCGCGCUGACAACUCACGGACCUGCUCCGCGACUGAGGCGCAGCGCGGAGCACCGCCGACCAGCUCGUAGGGGGCGGGACCAGAGGGGAGGGACCAGCCCGGGGCCUGCCCCCCCGAGGGGCGGGGCGCUCAUCAGCCCCCACUGUCCAAUUGCUUUCGGCCGGGGGCGGGCUGAGGAGGGCGGCUGGCUGCGGGGAAGUUGGUCGCUGCAAAGUGAGGAGGCUCCUGGCUGUCGCUGCGGGGCCUGGUGUAAUGGGACCUGGACCCCUCCAAAGAGUAGCGCGGCCGGGAAGGUCCCGGCCUGGGAGAGAUCGCGAGCCCUGGAGCCUUGGAGCGUCGGCAGGCUGUGGAGGGAGAUGCCCAGCCUCACGCGAAUAGAGACCGGGUCGACCACGCCGGUUCUGGGCGCCUGGCAGAGGCGCAGAGCUUGGCUGCCCCAAGGAGCCCCAGCCGCCGGAGGAAACUGCCGACCCAAAGAGGGCCGCCUGGAAAGCUCAGGACACCUCCCCUCCCCACCUUCGCCCUCCGCACCGUCGUCGCAGGGACCGUCGUCGCAGGGACCGUCGUCGCAGGGACCGCAUCAAAGGCCAUGGUCUCCUCUUCCCCACCCAGAGAGUCCGGGCACUUGCUCAAAACUGAGAGCAAAUGGGAGGUUCUGGGGCCCAGAGGCGCCAGAAUCCGAGAGACCCUUCCCGGAGCGGCUGCCCUUCGGAGUGGCACCUGCGGAGGUUGCUUCGGCUGCUGUGACCUGGGCCCUCUGGGACUCUGGAAGGGCCAGAAUGAACCAUCUUUGUGGAGCAGAAGCCUCACAGCAAGCUACAUCUAUCCCACUCUGCAUUUUUGCCCCCUCCCUCUUCAGCAGUACCUGGCUGGCUUGGAGACAGAAAGCCGGCUCAGAAAUAUAACAGGAACGUGAGUUCUUGGUGCACGUGGUGCUGAAGAGAGCAGAAGCCUGGGUUCUUGGGAUCACCAGAGACCAAAGAGCCCUGGGCGAUGGAUUCAUGAACUCUGCCCAUCCAGCUGUCCAGGUCACUGGAGCUGCUUGCUUUCUUGGAGGAUGGUCUUUUCAGCCAAUUUUUAAGCCUUUACCCUAGGUGCAAUACACACAUACACGCACACACAUACUCACGCACGCACACAGCUAUAAAUGUAGACUCAAAAGCAGAGCGUUUGAUGUUCUUACUUUGCGACUGAGGCCUAAGAUGUGCUCCAGUCAGUAGGUCCUCUGGGGGCCUGGCGCUGCACCUGCCAUAAUUUGGCACUCAACCCGUGUUAGCUGAAAUGCAAGAAUGCAUAACAGGAAAGAGGCCACGUUUCUUGGUGCCCUAACACUUUACCCACACACCUCAUCCUCCGUCUUGCUUCCAGCCCCCAGCUCUUUAAAUCAUUUUCUCUCUCAGGUCCAAAAUGUCCUAAAACAUAAGCAACUGUUCACAGUGGAGCUGCAGGUGUUGUUUCAGUGGCUAGUUGGCCUCCAUAGAGUCUUGGAUCACGGCUGACCUCUCCUGAGAACGUCCUGAUGAGGUCACUGGGAAAAAGGAAAGCAAAGAAUUGGGCUCUAACUGGAUAGGUGUUUAAUGGCUCCUGUGACCUCAGUUGAGUUUCAACUCUGUCUCUUCAGCACUCUUUCUCAGCGGGGAAAGGGCCAGUGGCAGGCUGCCAGCAGGACAAGAAGACAGCCUGGAAAGUCCUUAGCAGGCCCUGAAAAAUUGGUCAGUGAUACCUAAAUUAUACAUACUUAAACACCUUGUUGCCUAGUGAACCAAAGGACUAGUAGAGGUGUGGAAGACCAUCCUACUCAAGUGGAGGACUGCCUGUGUGACAACAUCCACAAAACAAUAUUAUCUCCUUACAUCUGAAUGUCAAAGCAACUUCCCCAUUUGAGAAUUAUAUUGCCACAGGCCCAACUGAGUUAAAAUCUGCUGACAGAAAUGGGUACGGAUGAGAACUUGGGAUUUCAUCAUACAUUCCGCAGAAGAAAAACUACUUUAUGGUUCUUAAGAAUUGAUGCCACCAAGGACAAGUUUGGUGCAAGAAGACUGCGAUGAUCUUGAUGAUGGCCUGAUAUAAAACUUGAAAAAUUGGUCACCAGAAGAGAUGAAAAAACUCCUCGUUUUAAAACUUUAAAAUGAAAUGAGUAACCAUGAGGAAUUAGACAACUGUUUAGAAAGGGAGAAUCACGCGCUUGGGGUUCUUCAGAGCAACAGAAACAAUAGGAGAUAUAUAUAUAUAUAUAUAUGAUUUAUUAUGAGGAAUUAGCUUCCUUGGUAAUCUAGGCUGGGAAAUUCCACAGUCUGCUCUCUGUAAGCUGAAGAGCCAGGAAACCUCGUGGUUUAACUCCAGUCUGAAUCUGAAGGCUUGAGAACAACCUGGCAAGCCAAUGGUGUAAACCCUACUUGAGUGCAGGAAGCUGAUGUCCCUGCUAAAUUCCCGUCAGAAGCUACACGUUCUACUAACAGCAAGCAAAGGGUUGAAUUCCUUCUCCUGCCUUUUUGUUCUCCAGUAAAUGGGGUGAUGCCCACCCAUAUCGAGGAAGGCAUUCUACUGAGUCCGUCUGUUCAGAUGCUGAUGUCACUCAGAAAUGAUGAUUAAUCUGGACACUCAGACACACAGCCAGCUUGACAUACAACGUUAACCAUCACAAAGCUUGAAUAUUUUUCUCUACUUCUUACUGUGAGACCUUGGAUGUCCACCUUAGCUUCUCAGAAACAGAGGGAGUGGAUGUGGCGGUGAUCAGGUUUGCCUCAUUAGUUUGCCACAGAGCUCAAGGGAGAGCCUAGCACAUGGCCAGGCUUAUAGAAGGCUCCCUACUGAAAACAAGCCCUAAUACUUAUGGAGCACUUGUUACAUGUCACCCUGUAUUUUAACCCUUUUGUAUCUAAUAACCUAAUCCUUGUGACAAGGUAUAUUGUUGCCAUUUCCUCUUUCUUAGAGUUUCCAUCUAAACUGAAGGACUAUUCUAAAACUGAUGUCCUGCUAUGUCAAACGCCUCUUUUUAAAAGAACUGCAGAUAUUCUAGGAAAUUUUAUUUUUCCACUACAAAUCUCUUUCUUGGAUAUAGUAAUAAAGAAAAUGUCAUUUUAAGCUG